GUCUUCGCCGGCGCGGUGGGAGGAGCGUGCUCCGGGCGCCGGGCCUCGGCUAGCCCUUGCCAAGCCCAGCGCGGCCCGAAGGUGAAUUCUCGUCUUUCUGUUGGCCCCUCUCCGCCUCAUCCCCGGCCCUUCGCGGCUUCCAGGGCCACACGCCCGGCCGCAGAGCGCCGGCGAAGACGUCUGGCCUCGGCCUCCAAGCUGGCGUGGACAUUAGGUGAGAGGCACGCAGCGCUGCCCCAGAUGUUUCUGCCGCUGUGUUGCUUCAUCCUGGGGCCCGAGGCCACCUUGCUGGCCCAGGCCGAAGGAGCACUCCCAGUCUGGAGGGUUGCUGGGGCCUGAGGAGCUGCCAGUGCCCGCGGACCGAGCUGGGAACCAGUGUUCAUACCGCAGGCUGUGGAGCCCAUCUUCAUCUCCCCGCUGUAGCAGCAGAAUCUUCGCUGAGCUUGUCUCGAUUUUAGUGUAGGAAUUGGAAACAAGACGGUGACUCCGAGGCCAUACUUUCUGAGGAUGAAAACUUGUGUGGAACAGUGUCAGACCAACCCACAGUGAUGGAGCCGCCCUCUCCUGGGCCUGCGCAGGUCUUGGAACCCAGCAUAGGGGACCCAUUGGAGGAUGAAGAACGGCACAACCUGCGGAGUUGCCCCUUUGAAGAGGGGAGCUUCAAGCAGGUGACCGUGAGCCACUGGAGAAUCCAAACAGGAGCAGCUGCACAGGUAUGCGGCCAGGCAGGAAGAAGCCCUGUGCUCGGCUCAGACCCGCUCCUGCUUCCGGGAGAGCUUGUCUCGGGGGAGGCCCAUCCUGGGGACCUUCACGGCACAGGUUGCCCGCUGGAUUCAGGCCUAGUUAGGCAUCGGAUUUCUCAUGCUGGCGAGAGUCCUUACGAGUGUGACCAGAGUGGGAGGGGACUUGGUCAGGGCCCACAGCUCACUGAGCACCGGAGCCCGCACGGCGGGGGGAGGCUGUACGCAUGCAGGGAGUGUGGGAUGGAUUUUGCCCACUGCGCGGGACUCUCUGAGCACCAGCGCGGACGCCCAGGAGGGAAGCCCUUCAAAUGUGCUCAGUGUGGGAAAGCCUUCUGUCACAGCUCGGACCUGCUUCGGCACCAGCGUGUUCACACCAGGGAGAGGCCUUUUGAAUGCAAAGAGUGUGGAAAGGGCUUCAGCCAGAGCUCCUUGCUCAUCCGCCACCAGCGGAUCCACACGGGGGAGCGGCCCUACGAGUGCAACGAGUGCGGGAAGGCAUUCAUCCGGAGCUCCAGCCUCAUCCGGCACUACCAGGUCCACACAGAGGUGAGGCAGUACGAGUGCAGCGAGUGCGGCAAGGCCUUCCGCCACCGCUCAGACCUGAUUGAGCACCAGCGGAUCCACACGGGGGAGAGGCCCUUCGAGUGUGGUGAGUGCGGGAAGGCCUUCAUCCGCAGCUCGAAGCUGAUCCCGCACCAGCGCAUCCACACCGGGGAGAGGCCCUACGUGUGCAACGAGUGCGGGAAGCCGUUCAGCCAGACGUCCAACUUCACCCAGCACCAGCGGAUCCACACAGGGGAGAAGCUGUACGAGUGUGGUGAGUGUGGGAAGGCCUUCUUCCUCAGCUCCUACCUCAUCCGGCACCAGAAGAUCCACACCGGAGAGCGGGUGUACGAGUGUAAGGAGUGCGGGAAAGCAUUCCUCCAGAAAGCGCACCUCACCGAGCACCAGAAAAUUCACUCCGGGGACAGGCCUUUUGAGUGCAAGGACUGCGGAAAGGCCUUUAUCCAGAGCUCCAAGCUGCUGCUCCAUCAGAUCACCCACACCGGGGAGAAGCCCUACGUGUGCAGUCACUGCGGGAAGGGCUUUAUCCAGAGGUCCAACUUCCUCCAGCACCAGAAGGUUCACACAGGGGAGAAGCUGCAUGAGUGUGGUCAGCUCGGGGAGGCCCUCAGCUCAAGCCCUGCCUAUAAACGCAGUGGACAGGGCGGGGAGAGGCCCUCUCCCAGCACGACCCCCAUGCCUCUGGGCGAGCAGUCUGGAGGUGAGGGGAAGCAUGCGGGUAACCUGUGAGGUGGUUACGCUCUGGCUCCACCAGUGAGGUUUGGAAAUGGGUGGGAUGUGGAUCCCUGAGGCUUCUGAGAUUCCAAUGGGGCUGCUCUGGGUAUGGGCUGCCUGCCGACUCUCACCCUGCAGCCUGCCCGGCUGUCCUCUUCCUCAGCUGUGAUGGCCCCGGGACCUCGCCCUGGGACCUCACGGCUGACUGAGCGGACGCUGAGGGUGGGUAUGGGAGACGUCUCGAGAAGAGAGACAGUUUCUGUACUUUAUUCACAAUCACAGCCUGUCUUUGAGUUAGUCCCUUUUAAAGCAGAACUGCGUGUUUUACUAUGUAAAGGCGUGUUGUGUUGCAAGCAUGGACCUGCCAGGUUGGAGAAGGGUGCUGUCCUGUGCGGUCAGUCCCCACUAUCCACAUCCCUGGCACUCCACCCCACAAGCCUCGCCUCCUGCUGCUGACCAGCCGGCCUGUGCUCUGGCCUCCUGCCUCGCUGUGUGAAGGGUCCCUGCUUGCGGUGCCUGAGAACAUGUCCCUCAGGCUUGGCGAGGUCGCCCUCCCUGCUCCUGCCGUGCCUGGGCUCCCAUUGCGCACCGAGGGGCUCACGUGGCCCGGUGUCUAGCACAAGGCAAUAAAAGCCACACCUAAGUCUUGCAA